AUGAGCAAUCUCUUGGCGGUCCUGCCAGACUUCGACCUCUCGCCGUAUUCCCACAUCAUCCCGUCCAUAGAACGCGCAUGCGUCGCCGUCGUCGAUCUGCUCACCCUCGACGCCGUCCACGUCGCCAAGCGGGCUCAAGUCCCGCCCGGGGAAGUCGAGAAGCUCACGGAUGCCCUGAUCUCCGCCCUGCACCGCGAUGCAUCCGCUUCGGCCUCUGCUCCAGAUGCCUCGACGACCGCUCCCACCACGACCAUCGGGACGAACCCCAUAAGCACCCUCGACGAUGGCCUUGAUGCGGCGCUCGCCGGUGGCUUAUUCCCCGGUCAUCUGAUCGAGGUCGUAGGCGAGAGUGCUGCGGGAAAGACUCAAUUCCUUUUGACCUUGUUACUCGCAUCCCAACUGCAGAGCACAGACGAUGGGGGACCAUCGGACGCAGCGCCCGGCUCGGCGCUCUACAUAUCCACCGAGGCACCGCUCCAGACCACCCGUCUGGCACAGAUCCUGAAGCAGCAUCCCAAGCUCGCUGCCCUUCCGCCCGAGAGACGUCCCUCCCUCGGCCGCAUCCACAGCACCCACGUCCACGACGUCGUCGCCCAGGACCACAUCCUGCACUUCCAGGUGCCCGUCGCGAUCGCCAAGCACAACAUCAACCUGGUGAUCGUCGACAGCAUCGCGGCCAACUACCGCGCCGAGUUCGACAAAGGCGGCGGCUCAGGCGGCGGCCCAGGCGCGAGAUCCCAGAGAGGCGCAGAGACGCUCGCACAGCGCAGCCAGGAGAUCGCCCAGACGGCCAAAUCGCUCCGCGACAUCGCCCGCAAACACAACAUCACCGUCGUCGUCGCCAACCAGGUCGCCGACCGCUUCGCGCCGAUCGAACCCUCAUCACAGCAGCCGCAGCAGGUCAUGCGGACGUCCAGCCAGCGGUCACUCGGCCGUGCGACGACGACGACGACGACGACGACCGACCCUCCUCCUGCUCCUGCUGCUGCUCCACCUCAACUGUCGACGGCGGACCCCCUCUCCCUCGAGCACCAGCAGCGCUUCUUCACCGGCUGGGGCGACGACCCCUCCUCGACCGACCUCAAGACCCCCAGCCUCGGCCUCGCCCUGACCAACCAACUCUCCGCGCGGAUCGCCCUGCUGAAAUCCCCGGUCUACAAGGAUCGGGCCUACCUCGCCGGCGAGGACAAGGAGUUGGACCGCUGGGAUCGCUCCUGCCGGGUCGUCUUCAGCGCGUGGGGCGCGGAGGGGCGGGUGCCGUUUGAGAUCUGGGAGGGCGGGGUCCGGAGCCUGCCGUCGUCGUCGGUGGGAGAGGGGGGAGGAGGAGGUGAGGGGAAGGCUGGACGAUGA